CAUAAUUCUAGACUCCACAGGCAAUGUGUCACCUCAAGAGGAUGAUAAUGACAGUCAGAGAUCAGCAGCACAAACUUCUGACACCAAGGACCAGGGAACUCUCUCCAAGAUGACAACAAAGAAUGGCCUCAUGAUGCAGGUGUGUGAGGAGAGGCUACAAUUCUCCCUCAGUGAAAAUGUGAAAACAAACGUGCUUUGGGGUUCCACUGUUAAAGACACUGUCAUGCUCCGGCCCUGGGGGGAUCAAGUGUCAGAGACCAACAGCGAGCUGACUGCUGUGAACGAACAGGAGGAUGAGAGCCAAGAUGACCAGGAAGCUGCUCCCAGCACACAGGCCCUCACAGAGUCUGAUGAAACUAAAUCUGAGCCGCUCACUGUGAUCGAACCAUCUGAAGUCUCAACACCUCAGCCUACGGCAAACCAGGCAAUGAAAGCAAAGCUGGCUCGCCUGUCUCUUGCCCUCCCACCCCUCGCUCUGACUCUCCCCCUCACCUCGUCGGGUAAGGGAGGAUUUGGGGAUGGCGCCAUCGGAAAUCGAAUCGGGAGACGGAGAGGACUGUCGUCGGGAAGCGACCCCGACGAGGAGGAGGAAGACGAGCAGGAGGACGAAAGCUCCCGGAGGGUGAUCGUGGUCACGGAAACAGACGUGGACAAGCGUGUCGGUCUAAGGAGUCUGCUGAAGUCUCCCAAGGAGCCGAUGGACAGAGAGAGGGACAGAGGGAGGAAUGUGUCCUUUUUCGAUGAUGUCACGAUCUACCUUUUCGACCAGGAAACGCCAACCAACGAGUUGAGCACCUCAGCUCCCACCAGUCCUGCCCCUGUAUCUACCAAGAACACCAAGUUGGAUUUGCACGGACCACAUGUCAAGAGCAAAGAAUCAAGGAGGAAAGAUGAUUUAUCAAUCAAGCCCAGGUCGCCCGUCGGUGGCGGUCCGGUGACUUCAUCGCGCUUCACUGUCAGUCCCGCGGACGACCCCCACUUGGUGUGACGCCAGCGGGCGCCACAGGACCCGUCAGAGCUGGACCCUCUCGGACUGGCCAGUAACUUACCCCAGCAACCAGCCGCUCAUCCAGAGGAUAUUUUUUUAUUGAACAGGCACCUGAAAGAUUGAGACUCCGCUCCUUAAAGUUGGACACAUUCCAGGUUUUACCAGCGACGGGAUUUUGUAUGAGAGGGGCCGCGGCGCUCCUGUCCGCCACUGUUUACAGAGUUUAUUCAUGGAGAAGGCAGCAUAUGCGAGGAGGAGAAGAGGAGCCUGGAGCUUUGUAAAGUCUGAACCAGAUUUGACAGCUAUGCAGUGGGAGUCUUGCUGUGUACCAGCUUACCUUCUCUUUUUCUGCUCCAUUCUGUUGUAUUGUUCCCCGGGUGUGCGGGGAAUGCACUUUCUUUCCUCACUCGUCUGUCUGCAUAGACGCUUGGCAUCCAGUCCUCUCUUCAUCAGAGACCUUUUUCAUCGCAGUCAUUCAGUUGAUCUUGUAGGCAGCAGUUUGAACCAGAAGUUGCUUGACUCCUGUAGUCCUUAGCAUUUGUACAAAUAUCAUAAUACAAGUGUAUACAACAUCAUUUUAGAGCUGUUUACUUUUAGAUGUAUUCUUAGACUGCACGAAAAAGGAAACAAGCUUUGUUUCUUUUUACUUUCAUUU